AUGCCCCCACCUACACGCGCCAGCGGCGCAACAGCCGCCGCGGUCUCCGUUACAACGACACGCCUUUUAAUCACCUACCACCCGCACGACCUGCCGCCCGGCGGCGAUCCGCUCGUAGUGAGUAGCCCAGCGCCUCUUUAUAAGUACACUCGAUACGAGCCAGCGGGGCUCUCCUUCCACGAAGCUGCGAAACGUCUGGCAGGUUUCCACGCGCCAGGGGAGGAAGAUGCGGAGGAAGAGGACGAGGGGAAGGGCGAGAAGGUGAAGGAUUCAGUCGAUUCGUCUGCGUGGGAAAGUUCGCGGAAGAAGAAGAAGGGGAAGGAUGGGAAGGACGCGGAGAAGCAGGAGCAGGAUCACUACGCGCUUCUGGGCAUGGCGCACCUGCGACACCUCGCGACGGAGGACCAGCUCAAGAAGGCGUACCGGGACGCCGCUCUGCGCUUCCACCCGGACAAACAAGCCGCAAUGCUGCUGGAGGAGCAAACCGACGAGGCGAGAGCAGCCAAAAAGGAAGAGAUCGAGACUAAGUUCAAGGCCAUUCAGCUGGCCUACGAGGUCCUCUCAGACCCUGCCAAGCGCCGAGUGUAUGACUCCACAGACGAAUUUGACGAUGACAUUCCGGGUGAUUGCUCUCCGGAGAAUUUCUUUAAGGUUUUCGGGCCCGCUUUCCAGAGGAAUGCCAAGUGGUCGGUGAUCAGUCCGACGGAGGUUCCGGGUUUAGGGGACGAGAACACGCCGAUUGCGGAGGUGGAUAGGUUUUAUGAUUUCUGGUGGGCGUUUAAGAGCUGGAGAGAGUUUCCUAACGAGGAUGAUUAUGACGUGGAGAGUGCUGAGAAUCGGGAGCAUAGGAGCAAGCAAAAAAAACAGCAGCAGCAAGAGCAGAAGGGAGAGGAGUGGGAGACGCCGAUUACAGAAGAGGAACUGGAGAGUCUAGGGCAGGGGUUGGAAUUAGAGAAGCUGCGAGCUCUCUGUGACAAGCUAGAGUCCCUAUCAGCUACUGCUGGUUCUGCUGCUGCUGACGCUGCAGCAGUGAAGCGGCAAACCCUCCGACUGUUCUCCACCGCUCUGAAAGUCAACCGGUGGGACGGGCACAGCCCAGCGUUCGAGUACCAGCAGAUCCCCGUGGUUCUCUCGGAAGCUGCUGCAGCGGCGGCGGCGGCGGCAGCAGCGGAGCGAGAGGCAGAGGCGGAGAGGGAGAGAGAGGCGCGGCGGGCGGCAGGGGGGAGUGGGAAGCCGUGGACUCGAGAGGAGAUAGAGCUGCUGCGAAAGGCCGUGACAAAGUUUCCUAAAGGGACCGGGCAGCGGUGGGAGGUGAUAGGGGCAUAUCUGGGUACGGGGCGGUCGGCAGAGGAGGUGGUGCGGGCGACUAAGACAGUGCUGCUGCAGAAACCAGACGACAGCAAGGCGUUUGACAGCUUCCUGCAGCGUCGCAAGUACCCCAAGGAUAUCGCCUCGCCUCUCUCCACACGUGAAGACCUUGAUGCUGCUGCUGCCGCUUCUACUGCUGGCGCUCCCGCUGCUGCCGCUGGUGCUGCUGCUCCUGCAGUUCCCGCCUCGUCAAAUUCACCUGCCAAAGCAGCAGGAGCAGCAGGAGCAACACCAGCAGCAGCAGGAUCAGCAAAGACAGGAGCGAAACAAGCAGGGGCAACAGCAGCAGCAGCACCGGUAGCAGCAGCAGCGGCGCCAGUGGCGAAUGGAGUGGGGGCGGCAGGCAAAGGAGCGAGUUCCGGGGCAAAGGGCGCACAGGAAGGGGAGUCUGCACGUGCUGCAAAUGGCGUGGCUGCCGGGGCAGGUUCAGCCGGGGCAGGUUCUGCUGGUGCAGGUGCAUCUGCUGGGGCAGAAGGGGCAGUGGAUGUGUGGGGCGAGGCACAAGAGGUGGCGCUGGUGAAGGCACUUAAAGCCUUCCCCAAGGACACUGAUAAGAGGUGGGACCGCAUAGCAGCAGCCGUGCCCGGCAAGAGCAAGGCGCAGUGCUUCAAGAAGUUCAGCGAGCUCCGGCAAAACUUCCGGACCAAGAAGAGUGGCGCGGCGGAGUAG